AUUGAGCGACUCGGCGAUGAUCAGUCGCGCCGAAUCGCCGAGACGCAGCUUCCUAUCGUCGUGAAAACUCCUCGACGAAUAUUCUCGCGCAAGAUUCGCCGCGCUUGACCGUCGCAACCGAGAAUCGCCGAAUUUGGGCGCCAACGCGGCCACCAGCUGAUUGGUGCGCCAUAUUUGGGCGCGAAACGCCGGCCGUGAGAUCCAAUCAAACGGCGGCCCGAACGUUUAUUACAGUUUCAUUCCGGGAGUUGGUCAGUUGCUUCUUCCUCGCUCGCUCGCUCACAUCACUUCUCACCUACCUGUGCCAUCGUCGUCGUACGCCCGAUAGAAAAUCCACAAACAAGUCCCAAUUUUAAAUCAUAGUCAUGCCGCUGCACGAGUCCACCAAGGAGAACGUUCGCAAGCAUCUCGAGGAUGUUUCCUUGCACAUAAAUCCUUCAUGAUUUUACUGGUCUCGCACUAUGGACGUCCAACUUUCCUCACCGUGUUAUGUUCGGACACGUGCCACCGAGGCGUAUGAAUUAACGUGUGACACAGUCGAGUGUAGGCAGGAAAACCGCAAAAAAUGCACUUCUGAACGCGAGACAUCGCCAAAGAAAUCAUGCAUCUCGCCAACUCUAUCCCAGGAUCACGGAUUGAAAAAUGGGCUUCCCAAGACGAAGGCUGUGCGCAAAGUGCAGCUGAAAGAGGAUUUCAAUCCAGAUCUGGAACCGUUGCUUCAGGAAGAACCGAACCGCUUUGUAAUCUUCCCCAUUCAGUAUCCUGACAUCUGGGAUAUGUACAAGAAAGCCGUCGCCUCUUUCUGGACCAUAGAGGAAGUCCCUCUUCAUAAACUGGAUAAGAAGGAUUGGGAUGAGAAACUAAAUUCCGACGAGAGAUACUUCAUAUCCCACGUGUUAGCGUUCUUCGCCGCCUCCGACGGCAUCGUUAAUGAAAAUCUGAUUGAGAGAUUCUGCCAAGAGGUGAAAAUCUCGGAGGCGCGGUGUUUCUACGGCUUCCAGAUCGCUAUAGAGAACAUCCACUCCGAGAUGUAUUCCUUGCUUAUCGAGACCUACAUCUCCGAUCCGAAAGAGAAAGAUUUCCUGUUCAAUGCAAUCGAAACUUUGCCCUGCGUCGCGAAGAAAGCCAAUUGGGCGUUGAAUUGGAUCAAUCACGAUAGUGCAACGUUCCCGGAACGUGUAAUCGCGUUCGCUGCGGUCGAGGGAAUAUUUUUCAGCGGCAGUUUCGCCGCCAUUUUCUGGCUGAAGAAGCGAGGAGUGAUGCCGGGUCUCACGUUCAGCAACGAGCUUAUUUCGCGAGACGAGGGAUUGCAUUGCGAUUUUGCGUGUUUGAUGUUCAGACACGUCAUACAAAAACCUUCGUUCGAGCGCGUCAAAACUAUCAUCAUGGACGCUGUUGAAAUUGAAAAGGAAUUUUUGACACAGGCAUUGCCGGUACAGCUGAUAGGAAUGAAUUGCGCACUCAUGUGCACCUACAUCGAAUUCGUCGCGGAUAGAUUAUUCGUUGCAUUAGGAUUCGAAAAGGUCUACAAUUCGGAGAAUCCAUUCUCGUUUAUGGACUUUAUCUCCUUGGAGGGCAAGACGAAUUUUUUCGAAAAGAAGGUGGGCGAAUACAAGAAGUUUGGAGUGAUGGAGGAGAGUUCUCAAAAAAGAAACAGCACAUCGGGCGUGGUGUUUAGUGCGAACUUUUAGCGCAAUAAUGUAUAAAUGUAUAAAUAAAAAAGUUCGUUUUAGCAGCACUUCCUCGCACUUGCCCUGCACAUUGAGCGUUGCACCGUUUGCAGAGAAAGAUGAAAAUUUAAAAAAGCAGCUGAAAGGGACAGAAGCACAUAAAAAAAGCACACUUUAACCCGUUGCGGUAUUCGCGCAAUAUUUGCGUCCGCGCUGUAUUCGCAAUUUCGUCCCAGCCGGUCCGCACAGAUUUCGCCAAUCGCUCAUCCGCUUGGUACCGUUUACUUUGGAAAACAUUUAUGAUGCUACAUCACAGCUCUUAUCUUAUCUCUUUUAGCGUACGAUGAAGACUCUGUCAACGUCGACUCUGUCGCAUCAUAGGACGCGUUGGAACGAAACGCGUGUGUCGCUCGACAUAGGACUUGCUGGAACGAAACGCUGUGUCGAGUGAUGCUCGACAUAAGACCGCAACGGGUUAAGUGUAAAAAGAUGUGUAGGACGAUUUCGUACUUAAUUCUUCGAAGAAAAAACCGAAACGUUGUAUUCGCGCAUACCUCUACCUCUCCAUUUGUACAGUUAGUUUUUACAAUUUCUAUCGUAACAACGACAGAUUUUUAUCAAAUAUCCGACGGAAGAGUGUGAGAGAAAUGUGUCAAGUGUGUUUAUAUCAAGUAUAUAUGUAUAUGAUAGUUUAACUUUGCGUGAAAAACAUAUUACGUUUUUGCUAAAGUUCCGUAUGUAUAGUUUUGAACGAAUUGUAAUUUUAAGAUACUAACUGCGAUAUUUAAUACAUUGUAACAUUUGUGCGCGAAACAACUUUUUACGAUUUGAUAACGAUUCAUUUUACGAUUGUGAACACAACACGCAAUGCUGCUCAUCGUAAUUUAAUAAUAUCGGGUUUCCCGUUAAAGAGAAAUUGAGAUAUGGCGAAGAGAAUCAUGUUAAUUGUUACCAAGUGUUACUUCAUUGGAUAUGACGUACUGAGAAAAAAAAGGAAAAGCAAAGAAAAAUGUAUAUAAAUUUGUUAUAUUCUUACCAAAUCUCGAUGAAAUUUUCAGUAUUCGUAUUAUACUAUAUAAGGUUCUUUCGUUUGUACGUAAGUGUUAAUGUUGAAAAAUAUAUAUUGCGGAAAUGUA